AUGGAAAACCCCAAACUGAAGAGAUUCCUAUCACAUGCCAUAGAGCCCCAGCAAUUUGCAAGCCACCAGACCCCAGAUUCGGCCUCUUUGGCCACUCUUGGUAUGCGGAUUAGAAAGGCAGUAUCGGAGGGUUACCAGGUCAAUUCUCCCAACUCCUACAACUCCCAGUACUCGGCUCCCGUACAGCACAGUGCCUUUGAGCGUGUGUCUUUGCCUGCAAACAUGAGUCAACCUCCAUCGUUGACCAGUGCAGGCUCCACGUUCCAGUCUGGUCUGAACGUUUCUGAAUGGGGAACACCCCUGAUGAACUUGACCACGAUACCUCUGUUUGAGUCGGGAAAUAAGAGGAAGUUUGACAGUGAUGAGCCAGAGAUUCGUCAUCCCUCGUUUGAGGAGUACAGCGCUCGCCACGGCAGGUUGCAGUUCGACGAGGACUUUUGA